CUUUGCUAUUUGCACUUACUACAAUGGAAUUAACGAUUUAAUAAAAAAAUAUAUUCACCAUCAGAAAUUGGUGAAAUAAUUUUGUUUACUUAAAUUAUUUAAUUUCGGAAAAUAUUACUUCCUGAAAUUUCUCCAGAAUGAAAAUGACAUUUCUAUAAUAAUCCCAAUUAGUCAUAGUGACAUCAUAUUCUAACUUUUAUCGUUCAUAGAUAAGAAUGGUCUACAAAUUCAUUUCAAGAAAAUUUUGAGGACAGACUCGAAUUUGUCAUCAUGUUACAUAAUCGGCCAUUAUCAAAACAAGGAAAUGGAAAAAUACUAAUAAUCUAUUGUGUCGAUCGUUUCUACAUUGCUGCUAUCGAGUAUACUAUAUCAGAGAAUAUUUGAUAAAACAGUUGCAAACUAAGUGCUAUCAUAUUAACAAGAAUCAGUCAUUAUUGAUAAUUAUUAAUUAUAUUGAUUGUUUCUAUCAUUAUUGUAUCAAAAGAAGAAAAGAAAAAAAAAAAACAGUCUUUUCGACAAUCAUUGUGUAUUCUGAAUUCUUUUUAAUAAUUAAAAAUUAGUUGUCCUGUGUCUAUCAUUUGUGACAUUAUAGCAAACACGCCCAAGCAGUUUGCUCUGUUUGCUCUGUUAUGUAUACAUUGUUUAAAUCUAUCAACUCCAAAUCUUAUCAAGCUGUGUACAAAUUGAUUAAAAGUUUACUGUGUACAAAUUUUAAUCUGCUUUCGAGCUGGAUUUUGUUUCUUCUGGUUUCUGACCGAAAUUAUAACCGCACAAUUCCUCGAACAUUUGUCGAGCAGACACAAUGUGUAAAAUGGGCCACGAGAAAUUCGAGUUUGCUAUAGAUCGCGGCGGUACAUUUACUGAUAUUUACGCUAGAUGUCCAGGCGGUAAAAUUCGAGUGAUGAAACUGCUUUCUGUGGAUCCUACUAAUUACGAAGACGCACCACGCGAAGGAAUUCGCAGAAUUCUUGAACAGGAAACUGGAAAAAAAAUCGAUGGGGAAAUAGAUACCUCGUUAAUAUCAUGGAUUCGAAUGGGUACAACAGUUGCCACAAAUGCUCUUUUAGAAAGAAAGGGUGCGAAAAUGGCACUUUUGAUUAACGAAGGAUUCAAAGAUCUACUUUUCAUUGGUAAUCAAGCACGACCAAAUAUAUUUGAUUUGCAAAUAGUGACUCCGGAAGUAUUAUACAAAAAGGUAGUUGAAAUCAAAUGCAGAGUGAUACCUGAGUUACCUGGGAAAUGUCAAAUGAAUAAUAAACAAUGGCGCAGAGUAACCGGAUCUACGGGCGAAGAUCUUUUUAUCACUCAAGAACUUGAUGAAGAAAAGUUAAAACUAGAUCUGGUUGAGUUAAAAAAAUCAGGAAUUGAAAGUUUAGCCGUAGUUUUGGCGCAUAGUUACACGUUUGCUGAACAUGAGAUAAGAGUAGGAGAAUUGGCAAAACUUGCUGGUUUUCAGCAAGUUUCGCUUUCUCACGAAGUUAUGCCUAUGGUGAGAAUAGUUCCUCGAGGAUUCACUGCUUGUGCUGAUGCAUAUUUAACACCACAUAUUAAACAAUAUUUGCAGAGAUUCUCCUCUGGUUUCACAAAUAAAUUGAAAGAGGCAAACGUUUUAUUCAUGCAAAGCGAUGGAGGAUUGACACCGAUGAAUUCAUUUAACGGAUCUCGAGCUAUUCUUUCUGGCCCUGCAGGUGGAGUAGUUGGUUACGCAAUGACUACUUAUGGAAAAGAGACCAAUUUACCAGUGAUUGGGUUUGAUAUGGGUGGCACUUCGACUGAUGUCAGUCGUUAUGGUGGCAAUUAUGAGCAUGUAUAUGAGAGUACAACCGCUGGUGUCACGAUUCAGGCUGCACAGUUGGACGUGAACACAGUUGCGGCCGGAGGUGGAUCGAUGCUUUUCUUCAGGUCAGGUCUCUUCGAAGUUGGACCUGAGAGCGCUGGAGCUCAUCCCGGUCCGGCAUGUUACAAGAAAAAAGGUCCUCUGGCUGUUACUGACGCGAAUCUAGCUUUGGGAAGACUUUUGCCAGAAUAUUUCCCGAAGAUAUUUGGUCCGAAUGAGAACGAACCACUGGACAAAUCUCGAACGAUAGAGGCUUUCCAAACACUUACGAAUCAAAUAAACGAAUUUCUAGCGACAGGGGGACAUGGAACAAAAAUGACCAUCGAAGAAGUGGCAAUGGGAUUUAUCAGAGUAGCUAAUGAAACCAUGUGUCGCCCAAUACGAGCUUUAACGCAGGCAAAGGGUUAUGAUACAUCCCGCCACGUUUUGGCGUGCUUUGGAGGUGCCGGAGGACAACACGCGUGUGCCAUUGCACGUUCUCUAGGAAUGGGAACUGUCUUUGUUCAUAAAUAUGCUGGAAUUUUGUCAGCUUACGGAAUGGCUCUGGCAGAUGUCGUGGAAGAAGCUCAAGAACCUAGUAUGGAAGUUUAUGAAAAAGAAUCAUUUGCACGUUUAGAUGAACGUUUAGAUGUCUUGGAAAAGAAGGUUCGAGAAAAGUUGACUGCUCAAGGAUUUCCCGACUCUCAUAUAGAAAUAGAAUCUUUCUUACAUUUACGCUAUGAAGGAACAGAUUGUGCUCUAAUGUGUACUGCUAGUCAAAAUACUCAAAAGAAAGGCAUGAAGCAUGGAGAUUUUCUUACUACAUUCCUGGAAAGAUACCAAAUAGAGUUUGGUUUCAUCAUGCCCAAUCGAAAAAUUUUGGUGAACGAUGUAAGAGUAAGAGGCAUAGGAAAAACAGAUAUCCAGAUAGAUCCAAUUUUACCUUCUUCCAACGAUGAACCAAAGUUAGAAAAGACUACUAUGGUGUAUUUCGAAAAUGGUUACCAGGAAAGCAAAGUGUACCAAUUACAUUCUUUGUCACCUGGCCACGUGAUUCAGGGACCAGCUAUCAUAAUGGACAGUUUGAGCACACUUUUAAUCGAACCUGAUUGCACCGCAUUGAUUACGUCUCGCGGUGAUGUGAGGAUAACAAUUGGUCAAGGGCUACGGUCCAAGGUUACGUCCGACUUGGAUACCAUUCAAUUGAGUAUCUUCUCCCAUCGUUUCAUGAGCAUUGCCGAACAAAUGGGCAGGAUUCUUCAGCGAACUUCUAUCUCGACAAAUAUCAAGGAGCGUUUAGAUUUUUCCUGCGCUGUUUUUGGUCCUGAUGGUGGCUUGGUUUCUAAUGCUCCGCAUAUACCCGUGCAUCUAGGUGCUAUGCAAGAGACCGUUCAGUAUCAGAUGAAAGUUUCCAAAGGUGAAUUUUCAGAAGGAGAUGUGAUUCUUGCGAAUCAUCCCUCUGCUGGAGGAUCGCAUCUUCCAGAUCUUACUGUCAUUACACCAGUUUUUUACAAAGAUGUGAAGAAACCAGUAUUCUUUGUAGCAAGCAGAGGACACCACGCUGAUAUAGGAGGUAUUACACCUGGCUCCAUGCCACCGCAUUCAACUUCUUUGCUUCAAGAAGGAGCGGCUUUCAAGAGCUUCCUACUUGUACAUAAAGGCGUGUUUAGAGAAAAAGAGUUGACGGAAGCGUUAAUGGCACCUGGAAAAAUUCCAGGAAGUUCCGGAACUAGAAAUUUAUCUGACAAUCUGAGCGAUCUUAAGGCGCAGAUUGCAGCUAAUCAAAAAGGAUCGCUAUUGGUCAAUGAAUUGAUCGAUAUAUAUGGUCUCGAUGUGGUGCAAGCUUACAUGGGCCAUAUUCAACACAAUGCUGAAGUUGCUGUAAGGGAUAUGUUAAAAUCUGUUGGCAAACGGCUGUUUGAACAAACUGGGAACACCGUAACAACUGCAAUAGAUUAUUUGGAUGAUGGAAGUCCUAUUCAAUUUCUCUUGAACAUUGAUAUAAACAAGGGUGAAGCAGUUUGCGAUUUUACUGGUACAGGUUAUGAAGUGUGGGGUAACUGUAAUGCGCCUAGAGCUAUUACUCUUUCUGCAUUAAUUUAUUGUUUAAGAUGCAUAGUAGGUAGAGACGUUCCUUUGAACCAGGGUUGUCUAACACCCGUAAAGAUAUUUAUUCCAAAAGGAUGUCUUUUAGAUCCUUCAGAGGAAGCUGCAGUAGUUGGUGGCAAUGUGCUCACGUCUCAACGAGUGGUUGAUGUAGUUCUACAAGCUUUUGGAGCUUGUGCAGCGUCACAAGGUUGCAUGAAUAAUAUAACACUUGGCACUGAAGAGUGGGGUUAUUAUGAGACAGUCGCUGGAGGCAGUGGAGCAGGUCCAACGUGGGAUGGUAGAGGAGGGAUUCAUACGCAUAUGACAAAUACAAGAAUCACUGAUCCAGAGAUAUUAGAACUUCGUUAUCCUGUUAUUCUUAAUAAGUUUUCUCUUCGACCUGCCAGUGGAGGAAUUGGUACUCAUACUGGUGGUGAUGGAGUUAUUCGAAAAAUGACAUUUAGAGCACCGAUGACGUUAUCUGUAUUGACGGAAAGAAGAGUACAUAAUCCACCAGGAUUAGCAGGAGGACAACCAGGUCAGAAAGGAAAAAACACAUUAGAAAGAGCUGAUGGUCGAAAAAUUAAUUUAGGUCCUAAAACUGCGGUAUCAGUGUACCCAGGGGACGCAUUUAUUCUGGAAACUCCUGGAGGUGGUGGCUAUGGUCAUCCCGGUAAAAAGAUAUCAUCAGUUCAGAGAAAAUCUCAAGGAUUCGUGGAACGCGGCAGCGUGUUUGAAUACAGAAAAGCACAAGAAUCCGUGUAAUAUAUACUUGUAAUUGCACAUAUGCAGUAACGGCAAUUUAAUAAUCGUAGAAUGCGCACAAUAUUCUUUGUGAUUAUAUCAAUGAAAAACAAUAAAUAGAAAGUGAACAAA